CUCUCACUCUCUCUCCGGCACAACUGCGUUCUACUUUGUCACUCCGAUAGUGCUUGUAUUCCCCAUCGCAGCUGUGUUGGCAAUCCUUUGAAUCACCUCUCUUGUCGUCGUUGACCUCGCUUCCACUUAUCGUUCCAUACAAUGGCGCGGGGUGGCAGCAGGCGCUCUCUUCGCGGGCUAAAUGCUAACAACACUCAAGACGUAGACAUCACCCAGGUAGAUUCACCUGAAUCUGGCACAGCUUCACUCGGCACCUCCACAAAAGCUCAAAGGAGCACAACAACCCGCAACUCUACCGGCAGGCGAACACGUACCUCUCGCAUCACCGUAGCAAACUCUUCUGACGAGGAAGACACCGAGGCUAUCGAACCAACCGAAACUACACUCGCUCCAAGCCGACAGCUUCUCAAGGAAGUCCGCAUUCCUAUCAUGGCUCCCAAGAAGAGUGUCGUACCCUCACGUCCAAGGCUUCCGGUCGCGAAUGGCUUCAUGAACGAUGCAGAAAGCUCAUUGGACUCGCACUCCUUCGACAAUUCCGAUUACGAGACCCCCGGUACAAGCAUAUCUACAACUCCCGCUCUACCAUUAGGUCGCGGACGUCCAACACGCAAGAGCGGUCUCAGUGAGCUCAAUGAACCCCUGAGCACGUCCUCCCGGAAGCGAUCUCGGAUUGUUAUUGCAGACUCUGAGGAUGAAGGUGGUGAAGAUGCAAUGGAUAUGUCUCUUGACGCACAGUUGGCCAGGCAGAUUCAAAAGGAAGAAUACGCACAGGCAAAUAAACGUCAGAAGUCUGGAUAUGAAGAUGGGACUUCUUUCGUCGUCGAUGAUGAUGAUGAUGAUGAUGAUCUUAGUUCGGUCCCCUCAGAGAUUGAUGACCUAUCUGACGAGCCACUCAUGACAAAAGGAAAGGGCAAAGGCAAGGCUAAGGCGACGAAGAAAGCAAAGGGCAAAGGAAAGGCAAAAGUCGAGCAACGGCCCAGGGGUACAACAUCUAGAAGGGCAGCAUCCUCCAAGCAGCAGAAUGGCGAUGACUCGGAUGCAUUCGUGUCGGCUGAUGAGCUUUUGUCAGGUGAUGAGAGUGUCAUACUUGGAUCCAGUGGAGUCGAGUAUGCUGAGGACGAUUAUGUCGAAGACAACGAUGCUGAAGAUGGCGAUAAUGAGCCACUUAUGAUUGCAUCACAACGAUCCAAGACGGACAAAAGGCGGCGUCCAGUCCGUGCAGCCCGAGGCCAAAGGAAGACCAAGACCCUCACUGCCAAUGAGAGGAGGGAGAGGGAUAACCGAUUGGCCAGGUUCGCUCACAUCGAGGAUAAGUGGGAGCGAAAGAGAGCCAUGAAUCGUGAACGAGCAGAACAGAAUCACCCGAAGCUGCUCAGUAUGUGGGACGACCUGGCCAAGAUCCCGGUGUUGGAAGUGCAGAAAGCCGAGCAGCCAAAGUCAAUCAACAGGCGCCUGAAACCAUUCCAACUUGAAGGGCUCAGCUGGCUGAAGCGACAGGAACAGACUGCCUACAAGGGAGGUCUGCUAGGAGAUGAAAUGGGUAUGGGUAAAACCAUUCAAGCAGUCUCACUAAUCAUGUCAGACUACCCAGUCAAAGAGCCUACCCUGGUUGUCGUACCGCCCGUUGCUCUCAUGCAAUGGACCAACGAGAUCCGUGAAUACACUGAUGGCAAGCUCAAUGUGCUUGUGUAUCAUGGCACGAAUGCCAAGUGUAAGAAAAUGACUGUCAAAGAUCUAAAGAAAUUCGACGUCAUCAUGGUGUCCUACAAUAGCCUGGAGUCUUUACAUCGCAAGGAGACCAAGGGUUGGAGCCGCGGAGACAAUAUAAUCAAGGAAGCAUCGCCUCUUCAUGCCAUACAUUACCACCGCCUCAUCCUCGACGAGGCACAUAGCAUCAAGUCACGCGUCACAGGAGUGGCCAAGGCUUGCUUUGCACUGAAGGGAACUUAUAAGUGGUGCUUGUCGGGUACACCUGUACAGAAUCGAAUCGGAGAGUUCUUCUCCCUUUUGAGGUUCCUGGAGGUCCGCCCUUUUGCAGAUUACUUUUGCAGAUCUUGCCCUUGUGAACAGCUCCAUUGGCAAGUCGAUGAGGAAUAUCUGUGUACUGCUUGUGGUCACGGAAUGUCGGAGCAUAUCUCAGUCUUCAACCAAGAACUUCUCAAUCCCAUUACAGGCGAUGAUCCAGAGCUACGUGAAGACGCUCUCACGAAGCUCCACAUGAUCACCGCCCGUAUCAUGCUUCGCCGCAUGAAGCGGGAUCACACCAAUUCGAUGGAGUUGCCCAUGAAGGAUAUUGUCAUUCACAAUGAGUUCUUCAGUGCAGUGGAACGAGAUUUCUCAACCUCUAUCAUGACAAACACAUCACGCAAGUUCGAUACCUAUGUCGCACAGGGAGUCAUGCUCAAUAAUUAUGCCAACAUUUUCGGUUUGAUCAUGCAAAUGCGACAAGUUGCCAACCACCCGGAUUUGCUACUAAAGAAGACAGCCGCAGAGGGCAGCCAGAAUGUCUUUGUGUGCAAUAUUUGUGACGAGCCUGCUGAGGACGCCAUUCGCUCUCGCUGCCAUCACGAAUUCUGUCGCGCCUGUGUGAAAGACUUCAUGGAGACUUGCGAAUCAUCCGGCAUUGACGCAGAUUGCCCGCGCUGCCACAUUGGACUCUCGAUCGACUUUGAGCAACCGGAACUCGAGCAGGAUGAGGAGCAGGUCAAGAAGACAUCUAUCAUCAAUCGUAUCAAGAUGGAGAACUGGACCUCUUCGACCAAGAUUGAGAUGCUCGUGUACGACCUCUACAAGCUCCGAAGCAAGAAGCAGACCUUGAAGUCUAUCGUUUUCAGCCAAUUCACGUCCAUGUUGCAGCUCAUUGAGUGGCGCCUCCGCCGCGCCGGUUUCAACACCGUUAUGUUAGAUGGCAGCAUGACACCUGCCAUGCGUCAAAAGAGCAUCGAACACUUCAUGACGAACCCAGACGUCGAAGUCUUCCUAGUGUCUCUUAAAGCCGGCGGCGUCGCCCUCAACCUGACCGAAGCAUCCCGCGUCUUCAUCGUAGACCCAUGGUGGAACCCAGCCGCAGAAUGGCAAUCCGCCGACCGCUGCCACCGCAUCGGCCAGAAGCGACCCUGCGUCAUCACCCGCCUCUGCAUCGAAGACAGCGUCGAGUCGCGCAUGGUCGCGCUCCAGGAGAAAAAGGCCGCCAUGAUCGCAGGCACCGUCAAUAACGACAAGGUCGCCAUGGACCGCCUCAGCCCCGAGGACCUGCAGUUCCUUUUCCGUGGUUCCUGAACAACAUUACUCAACAAAUAGAGCGGAAAAGAAACUUUUUUCUUCUUUUUCUUCUUGUCUGACUUGUCUAGCAGCAAUAAGUGUGUGCUUAUUAAAGCAAAAAAGAGUAUGGGUGAUGUCAUGGCAAGCUUGCGGAGUUGUUUCGGGGGAACCGGGUGUAUUCUGUAUGAUACAUCAUGACUAGUUUUUUCCUUCUUCUCUUACCAUUGAGUUUUAGAGGAAAAGAGAGGGGGAGGGAGAGACUAUUACGACACACCUAUUCACGAUACACGAUUUUUCUUUGGUAAGGGUUCUAAGGUUUAGGUGUAUAGGGGGAAUUACCUGUUCAUGAAGGAGGAAUUUUUUCCAUGGGUUGUCUGGCGUAUUUCAAGGUCAACCCGUUUACAAUGGGUUGUGAGACCUCUUUACGACGGAUGGAUGCUAGGUACACUUUAUGUACGUCGUAUGUAUAAUUCAC